AUGAACCCCACCAUCAGCGCCGCUCUCCUGCUGACAGUCUUUCAGGUGGCCUGGGGACAGAAGGUGACAAGCCUGACUGCCUGCCUGGUGAACCAGAGCCUGCGCCUGGACUGCCGCCAUGAGAACACCACCGCCUUGCCAAUCCAGUACGAGUUCAGUGUGACCCGCGAGACAAAGAAGCAUGUGAUCGAAGGCACUUUGGGGGUGCCUGAGCACUCAUAUCGUACCCGGACCAACCUCACCAGCAAGUACAACAUCAAGGUCCUCUACUUAAACGGCUUCACCAGCAAGGAUGAGGGCACCUAUACAUGUGAGCUCCGCCUCUCUGGCCAGCCUCCCACCAUCUCCAACAAGAACAUCUCUGUCUUCAGAGACAAACUGGUCAAGUGUGAGGGCAUAAGCCUGCUGGCCCAGAAUACCUCGUGGCUGCUGCUGCUUCUGCUCUCCCUGCCUCUCCUCCAGGCCAUGGAUUUCAUCUCCCUGUGA